AUGAAUUCAAGAGAGUUGAACAUGAUGAAAUUUCCAAUGAGUUUGAUUAGCACUUGGUCUGAUGAUCACGAUGAUAAUGAUCAUGGUGAUGAUCAUCGCAGCAGCCGUGUUAUUGUCGAUGAAGUCGACUUUUUCUCGGAUAGGAAGGAGAAAUCGUCGUCGCCCGAUGAUCAUGUUUCCAUCAAGAAUAAUCAGAUUUAUGAUCCUCAUUGCACUCUCCAUGAUGCUGACCAUGUCAACACCGGUCUACAACUUCUUAUUACUAAUAUUGGAAGUGAUUUGGAUGAUGAAUCUACAAUGAAUGCUGGAGAUAAACAUGUCAAGAAUCUUCAGUUGCAAUUGCAAGAAGAGCUUAGACUAAAGAACGUAGAGAAUCAACGGUUGAAGGAAAAGCUAAGCGAUUUGCAAAUGCGAUAUGUGUCCUUAAUGCAACAGAAUCAACGAAACGAAGCUUCGGAAAAUGAGACUGUGAAUGGAAAAGCUGAGGGGGGAGAUGGUGUGAUGGCUAGAAAGUUUGUGAAUGGUUCAUCAUCAGAAGUAGUAGAUGAUCCAAAAGUAUUAAAUUCUCCUAAUUUGGAUGAAAGAAAGCCAUCAAGAUCGCCGCGGAACAACAAUAAAACUGAUCAGAAAGAGGCUGAUCCAGAUUCAACAGAUCAACUGGUACAAGUUUGGGAGCCAAAUAAGCUUCCAAGAUUAAACCCCUCCAAUGCUACUGAUCAAGCUGCUGCGGAAGCUACUAUGAGAAAAGCACGUGUCUCCGUCCGUGCGCGAUCAGAAGCCCACAUGAUCAAUGAUGGGUGUCAAUGGCGAAAGUAUGGACAGAAAAUGGCGAAGGGAAACCCUUGUCCUCGAGCAUAUUACCGAUGCACAAUGGCGGUCGGUUGCCCCGUUCGCAAGCAAGUUCAGCGUUGUGCUGAUGACAGAACAAUUCUGAUAACAACAUAUGAAGGGACACAUAGCCAUCCACUGCCACCUGCUGCUAUGCCGAUGGCGUCGACCACCGCAGCCGCUGCCACGGUCUUACUAUCUGGAUCAAUGUCAAGUGCUGAUGGGGUGGUGAACCCAAAUUUACUAUCUAGAAUUCUUCCAAAUUGCUCAUCUAGCAUGGCCACACUCUCAGCAACAGCACCAUUUCCUACUGUCACACUAGACCUCACACAUGACAACACAGAUAACAAUAACAACCAAAAUUCUCAUUCCCAGUUUCACCUAGGACAGCCUCAAAACUUUGGAUCAGGACAAUUACCACAAGUCAUUGCACAAGCACUUUACAACCAAUCCAAAUUCUCUGGCCUUCAACUGUCCCAAGAUGUUGGAGGCUCUUCCCAAUUGCACUCAUCUCAACAAGCUUCAUCACUCAGUGCUGCCAUCACCGCCGAUCCAAAUUUCACCGCAGCAAUCGCCGCCGCUAUCUCCACCAUAAUUGGCGCUGGUUCUCCCAACAACAACAACAACAAUCCUAAUAUCCUCAACAGUGCUGCUUACAAUCAGUAG